CAACACACAUCCCACAACACAGACUUGAGACUGAAUACCUCACCACCCCAAUGCCAGCGGGAGAAUUCCGCCACCCUUCACCGCCACCGCCGCCGCCGGGGUCGGAGGAAGAGGAGAGAUGGGUUUGGGCUCAGAUCAAAGCCGAGGCUCGGAGGGAUGCUGAAGCUGAGCCGGCUCUUGCCAGCUACCUGUACUCCACCAUCCUCUCUCACUCCUCCUUGGAGCGCUCUCUCUCCUUUCACUUGGGCAACAAGCUCUGCUCCUCUACGCUGCUUUCCACGCUGCUUUAUGAUCUCUUCCUCAACAUAUUCUCAACCGACGCCACCCUCCGCUCCGCCACCGUAGCUGACCUACGCGCCGCCCGGUUUCGUGAUCCCGCUUGCGUUUCCUUCUCCCAUUGCCUUUUGAAUUAUAAGGGAUUUCUCGCCUGCCAGGCUCACCGGGUAGCUCAUAAGCUCUGGACUCAAUCUCGAAGGCCUCUGGCACUUGCACUUCAAUCGCGCAUCUCAGACGUGUUCUCUGUUGACAUCCAUCCGGCUGCAAAAAUUGGCAAAGGCAUCCUUUUCGAUCACGCAACUGGAGUGGUGGUUGGCGAGACUGCAGUGAUAGGAAACAAUGUUUCCAUCCUCCACCAUGUAACAUUAGGUGGAACAGGCAAGUCUGGUGGUGACCGACACCCUAAGAUUGGUGAUGGAGUGUUGAUUGGUGCUGGAGCUACCAUAUUGGGGAACAUUAAAAUUGGGGAUGGUGCCAAGAUUGGUGCAGGGUCAGUCGUUUUGAUUGACGUGCCUCCAAGAACGACAGCUAUUUUGAUACUGUGCUCGGUAAUUCUACUCCUAAAUAGAGCUUUAACCAUCCUGUUUGGAGUGUGA